CCCGGAAAUCCACAGCGCAGUUGGAUGACAUGCUUUACAGUACAUUUUUUAUUCAGUUAUUUUCACUACAGAAUAUUUGAUUACGAAUCUUUUUAUGGAUGUAUUAAAGAGCGCAUAAUUGUGUUUGUUAUAACAGACCAGAAUGGGUAAAAAGAAGGGAAAAGAUAGAAGUCCCAGAGGAGACAGUAACACUGACAUAGCAGGGAUUUCCUGCACUCACAUCCGUAAAGGAAUAGACCAAAGCUUACUGAAGAAAGCUGGUUUGAAUGAACACUGGAGUUUGUGUCAGGACUGUGAACCAGAGAAAGCAGAUGAGAUAUCAGAAGAUGACAUUCAUAAAGAAAGUCCUGCCAUGUGGAUGUGUCUGAAAUGUGGCCACAGAGGUUGUGGGAGAUCUUCGGAGAAUCAACAUGCGAUCAAACACUACGAGACCCCACGAUCUGACCCGCACUGUUUAGUGCUGAGUCUGGACGUCUGGAGUGUCUGGUGUUAUAUCUGUGAUGAAGAAGUUCAGUAUUCCAGCACGGGGCAGCUGGCACAGCUGGUAACAAACAUUAGAAAACAAGCUCUGGCAGAUCCCGGCAAGAAAACCACCAACAGGAAGAGUAAGAAGGAAGAGAGUGUAUUGGAGAAUUCUGCUGAGCAGACACUGGAAGAAGAAAAAGGGAACAAAGAGAACCAAAAGACCAACUCAAAACACGACGACAGUCCCAAAAAGUUUAAACCAGCCACUACAGAGGGUUCUGGUGUCGUGUCUGUCAAGGGUCUCAGUAAUCUGGGCAACACCUGUUUCUUCAAUGCAGUUGUGCAGAAUUUAUCGCAGACGCAACUUUUGAGACAUUUGUUGAACCAGAUUACAGAUGAGGAGAGCCACCGUCUCGCCAUCACACCUGCACUGUCCUCUGACCUGGAGCCUCUUCAGAUCCAGCUGGAAAGGCCCAGGUCUCUCACACUGGCUAUGUGUGAGCUGCUGAAUGAAAUCCAGGAGACCAAGAAAGGUGUCGUGACCCCUAAAGAACUCUUCACGCAAGUGUGUACAAAAGCGGCACGGUUUAAAGGCUUUCAGCAGCAGGACAGCCAGGAGUUGCUGCGAUACCUUCUGGAUGGCAUGAGGGCGGAGGAAGUGAAAAGAGUAAAUUUAGGAAUUUUGGAUGCUUUGAAAAACGCUGGCAAAAUCUUGGAAGCUGAGCAGGCGAAGAAGGUUAUAAAAGAGUAUGAGAAAAAUGGUGCACCAAAGAACUUUGUGGACCAGGUGUUUGGUGGAGAGAUGACCAGCACGGUGAUGUGUAAAGAGUGCAGAACUUUGUCUCUAGUGACUGAGAUUUUUUUGGAUCUUUCACUUCCUGUAGCUGAUGAGUCUUACAGGAAGAAGAAUCAGAAGAAAGUCGUCCAGCAUUGCAGCAGCGUCAAUGAGGAUAGUGACGAGGCCAAUACGACUUCUCUGGUCAAUGGGAGUGAAGACAUGCCAACUGGAGCAGGAAGCAAGUACCAGCAGAAGAAAGCCAAGAAACAGGCCAAAAAACAAGCCAAGAAUCAGAAACGACAGCAGAAACUGGGCAGUAAGGUCACUCUGGAUGCCCUGACCAAUCAGAACGCAGCCAGCAGCACAGAUCCAGCGGACGUUCCUGUUCAGAGUGUGUUAGCGAAUGGGAGCGCUGAUGUAGAAACAGGCGGAAAAACCCAAGAGGAUUUGAGCCAAUCAUCCACUUCGAACACUUCAGCAGAGGAACACGAGAAACCGCCCACACUCUCACAAAAAGAUGACAAUGAUGAGGAACCUGAAGAAGAACCUGCAACUUCAGGCAACAACCGCUUUACUGCUUUAUCAGAAGACCAAGACUAUGAAGAUAUGUCUGUGGAAGGAGAAAAAGGGGAGGAAGUGAACGAAGUGGAGGGUGGUGUUGCAGAGGAUCGGUUAGUUGAAGAACUGAAUACCUUGUCACUAAAUGCAACUUCAGAAGGAUAUCAAAGUGAGACGGAGAAUGGAGAUGAUGCCUUGGAGGAUGCUAAGGAAUACACAGUGAUCAAUCGGGAUCCUGAGCUUGCGUUUAAAUCGAUGGCCACCAGGUCGGCGCCAGAGAAGCAGGAGUGCUCGGUGGAGUCCUGUCUAUACCAGUUCACUGAGGUGGAACAUCUUGCCGAGAAAAACAGGCUGAUGUGUGUAACCUGUACAAAACAACAGACUGGACCUAACACCUCAACCGGUUGUAAGAAAGCAGUUUACAGGGAUGCACUAAAGCAGAUGCUGAUCUCCUCUCCUCCACCAGUGCUUACUCUUCACCUGAAAAGAUUCCAACAGGUUGCAUAUAGUGUUUGUAAGGUGAAUCGACACGUUCAGUUCCCUCAAAUACUUGAUUUGGCGCCAUUCUGCUCCUUAAACUGCAAGGGUGUAAAAGAAGGCGAGACACAAGUGCUGUACAGCCUUUAUGGUAUAGUGGAACAUAGUGGCACAAUGCGCUCUGGACACUACACAGCAUAUGUCAAAUCACGACCUUCCACACAGAACUUUCUAGAAAACGGAUCUACUGCUAUUUCAGGUAACGGUGAGGCCAGUAAAGGAUCCUGGUUCCACAUAAGCGACAGCAGCGUCCAACAGGUUACAGAGGCCAAAGUGCAGAGUUCUCAAGCCUACCUCCUGUUCUACGAGAGGAUCUCAUAACACAUGUUAAGAAAUCAUGUUCAAAACAAAGGGCUGCUAAUGCAAAAAUCCAAUUCUGCUGCUGGGAAAUCAUGUCAUCAUUGACAUUUACCCACCUCUCAUGUUGUUCCAAAUCCAUAUGUCUUUUUCUUCCGUGGAACACAACAUGAGGGUAAGUAAAUGAUGACAGAAUACAUAUUUUGGGGGUGAACUAUCCCUUAAAAAAAAGACACUGCUAAUGAAUUGUAAACUUGAAUUGAAGUUUUUUGUAUGAGCAUCAUCUUUUAUCAUUGAGUUGUCCUCUGUUGUCAUCCUGUUCCUAUGAAACAGUUUUAAUACUUUCAAACAAGAUCCAGAACUUACAUGAUGAUUAUUUGUUUUUCCUUUCAUUAAUUUGCCAAGUGGUGCAUUGUUGUUGAGUGGUGUGACAAAGGUUUGGUUUGUUUUUGGUUUGUCUCAUACAGCAUUCCUCAUACAGGUAUGUCAGAGUAUCCAGCACAAUCUUACAGACUUUAACUGUGUUACCAAGGCUGACCGCUAUUUUGGGUUAAUCUCAUGAAGUAAUGUCUUUAUGAAAUUUCUUCAACUCAUAUUUCACCCCAAAAUGAAAAUAAAGUGUGUGUGUGUGUGUGUGUGUGUGUGUGUGUGUGUGUGUGUGUGUGUGUGUGUGUGUGUGUGUGUGUGUGUGU